AUGACGAGUGGAGAAUUCUCAGAACCACGAUUUUUACAUUCGCCCGGAAUCAUUGAUCUAUGCUUGAAUAAGGCUGAAGAUUCGUCGGGUCCAAUGGCAUUUAUUUCGAGUGGAGUGGACGGGGAUGUGUGGUUGUGGAAUGCAGAAGCACUGGAUGAUGCUGAAUAUGAACCAAAGAGUGCACAGGGUCGAACACAUCAUUCGAUCGCGUGGCAUGGCGACAGUAUUUAUGUGGGACAUACGUUAACAGAUCCACGAACAAAUGUGGAAAAAUCAGUGGUAUCGCGAUUUUCUUUGGAUGAUUUCGUGGUCUCAUUACCGCUGGCAUCAUUCUCGCUGGAUACAACCACCAUCGAUGUCUCUUCGGAUGGCGCAAUUCUGAUUGCUGGAGCCGUUGAUCACAUCGUGAAAGUGAUUCAAUUGGAGACUCGUAAUUAUGCUCGAUUGGAAUGUGAUGGACAAAUAAUGUGUGUUCGAAUCGAUCCUCGAGUGGAGUUGUUCGCCGUGUCUGCAUCAGACGGCACUUUGCGCAUGUAUCCAGUUGCUGCAGAAAGUGGUCAACAGCCACUACGCUCAAUACGAAUCUCAUCGCGAAUCCCUGAUAUUGAGUCAGUUUUUGCGCUCAAUUCCAUGUGGACGUUUUCCGGAUUGAAAUAUUUCUUUUUGAAAUUGAUGUGUUAUUUGAGACCAUCGCAAUCCCGACUGCAAAUUUGCUGGUCACCAAGUGGUGAAUAUUUGUUUGCGGUGGUUCAAGGUGGUGUGAAACGUUUCAAACGUGACACGUUCGAAGAGGACACGCUGAUGCUGAUCGCCAUUUCAGCCGCUCAAGAUGUGUUCAGCACGUGCUGUAUAUCAUCAUGUGGCACAUUUGUGGCCGCCUCUUCAAUGAACGGUACGAUUUGCGUGUGGAACUCGGAAUCUGGUCAGUUGUUGUCAUCGAGUCGGUACGUGAGAAAUGGUGAAUCAAAGAUUAUCACUUCGAUGGUUUGGCAUCCGACACUCAGCGAAACGUUAUUCUUCGCCGAUAGUGAAGAGCAUAUUUGUUCGUUGAGUAAAUGUACGAAAGAAGUUAAAUCCGAAAGUGAGUCUGAAAGUCGGCAGGAAAAAACUUCAUCGAAACGAAGAGCUAUUGUAGAAAGUGAUGACGAGGACACGAGACUAUCAGCCGAUUUGGGUGCGAUUAAACGAGCAUACGGGUUUGACGAUGAAGGGGUUCACGUCAGCGAGAAAAGCCCUGAACCAGUUGGCUCAUCCGUUCCGAUCGAACAACGACCAUUCAUGCCCGUGCGAGCACUCGAGCCAUUUCCAGCCUAUAAACCACCCAAAAUACCGAAUUCAUUCGUCACUUCUUCAUCACCAACACAUUUGUCGCAGAGAUAUCUGAAAUGGAAUCAGUACGGUACAGUGACAAGUUAUUCGACUGCUGAAGAAAACACUAUCGAGGUUCGAUGGCAUGAUGUAUCUAUACAUUCCGAUAUAAUCAUGGAUAAUUCAGUGUACAGAUACACAAUUGCUGACAUAAGCGUUGAGUUGGUCGCAUUUGCGUCUCAAUUCGAAAACGACUCGCCGAGUGAACUACGAGUGCAGUGUGUGAACGCUUGGGAUACUGGCUCACGUGAGUGGAGCACGCAAAUGCCUACGAAAGAAUCUAUUCAAAACAUGUCGAUUGCUGAGCAAUUCCUGGCCGUGGCUACUUCAAAACGACAUAUACGGAUAUUCUCACACGCUGGCACACAAUUGUUGGUCAUAUCACAUCCAGGCCCCGUAUUAACAAUGUGUUCGGCACGCAGUUAUCUCACAACAGUCUCGCUGAAUGGUGGUUAUUUCUUUGAAGAAAUGAACGAUGAGGAUACUGAUGGCAAUGAGGAUGAUAUUAGUAAACCUCAAUUCAAUAUGAAUAUUAACAGAUAUGAAAUAAGGGCUGGUCAUUGGUUUCGCAGUGAGUCCGUUGUGAAAACUGCUCCUAUAGCAUUGUCACCAAACGCGGCGUUAGAAUGGAUUGGUUAUACAAGAAAUGGCUUGUUGUGCACUAUGGACAGUACAUAUUGUGUACGUUUACUGAGCGAAAAUGGUAUUUGGUUACCGAUUUACGAUUUUUCAACGGAGAUCAAAUCGAAAUCCGAUUGUAUCUUUAUGAUCGGUAUUGUGGAGCAUCCAACACAAGAGAUACGUUAUGUGUAUUGCAAAGGAACACACUAUCCACCUGUUGUGAGCAAACUUUUACCGUCGAUCGCUCAAUGGAAUAUACCUUUAUGUAAUCAGGAAUCAGAGAAAUCGCAACUGGAAGAAAAACUGAUUCGGAGUGAACUGUUGAGAUGUGCUUUUGAAUACUGCGGUUCCAGUUCGAAUGUGAACACUCAGGAAUUCAAUGGGGAGUAUGCUCGAGAGGUGAUACGUUUAUUUGCGUUAGCUUGCAAAUCAGAUCGUGAAUGUCGUGCCGCCGAAUUUGCUAAUUAUGCUUACGGUACGGCGAAUAUCAUUCAGACAUUGUGCAAUUUCGCUGCGAAAACACGACAUCCUCUGUUGGUUGAAAAGGUCGCUGAGAUUGGCCGUAAGAAUGCAAAUUCAACGGAUACGAAGAGAAGAUCGCUUGCAAUUGAACAUCGUCGAUAUAUUGAAGAAUUAGACGAUAGGAAUCGAAGUCAUUUUGAGGAUGGUGGCCGUGAUGAGGGAACCGUAUUAGCACCAAAGCUGAUUCCAAAGUAUAUUAAUUGGGAAGGUUCGUUUCAGCGUUUAAUCGGGAAACGGAAGCUUGCAAAUGUGCGUGGAUUAGUGAACGACAGCGAGCAUAAUCAAGAGGAUAAUAACGAAGAUGCAUCAGUUGAAAGACAAGAAAACGAAGAUUCGGUUGAAACAAAUAUGGACGUGACAUCAGAUCAACAUGAUAUCUCAUCAGUGUCCUCGAUUCAGUCCACUGAGUCAUCGAUAAAUCCUUAUUUCGCUACCUCGAAAACAAGUCAUAAUCCAUUCAAGAAACGUGUCACGAGCGUAUCGAUGAAUGAAAGUCAAGAGAAUUUAUUCGAUGCGUUGUCAACACCCUCACCGGGAGCAUCCGUUUUUAGUAAAUCAUCGAAAUCAGUGUUCCAAACAACACCGUUGAAUGAUUCAAAUAAAGCGAAAAAAAUGAGAAAGCAAAUGGCUUCCAGUUCGAAGCAGUCACUGCUGAAUUUCACUACUCCGAAAGAAGAUUCAAGUGCUGCCACAAAAACAGACACAGCAAAGACUGGUUUCCAGUUAUGGUUUGAAUCGGUCGAAAGUGAGCUGAAAAGUCAGAACGACGGUAUUACGGACGAGGACGAAAUCGUGCAUCUGGCCACUCGUCAGUUCAAGCAGUUGGACGCCGAAGAGAAAAAAGUUAGCGAUGUGAUCGAUUAUUGA